UCCCCUCCCUCUCCUCUCUCCUUGGGCGAACAGUGUCGCACCUCUGCUCUUCAAAUUUACGGCGCCGUGCGGCACUGGCGAGGUCGCCACCGACUUGGCUCUCCUCCUCGUCGGCCGGCCUUCAAAGGGCAGGUCACCCUGUCACCCGCCACCCAGUUAGGCAGAUCGAAAUCGGGAAGUCUCACACCACCGCCGGUUUCGAGCCCUUUUCCGGACCCUAGGUAUAAAAGUUCUUGUUUCCAAUUUAGAGCUCCGGACCGUUUCACUCUCUCUCCCUCUCUCUACUCGCACUGUGUGUGAGCAUAUCGUUUUUCAAAUUCUCCCUUUCUUCGAUUCGGUCGUCAAAUGUACUCUGUUGCGAUCAUCGUCGACUCUCUCUCAGUGGAAUCUCUGCUCUUCGCUCUUCCAAGCUCAGUUCGUUUUCUUCCCUUACCUUAUUUAAAGACAAGGCUUCUGCUAUAAUUGAAAUGUCGGAUUGGGACGAUGUUUUUCUUGCGCCUGCUGGUGUCCCUGCUCGUGCUGGUGGCCGAUUUCGACCCAAGGCAAAGCCACGGCCUAGCAGGGUAGCAUCUACAGCAGCUGCCCCUGCUCUUCCGAUUGUCAUAACAGAAAUACCUGUAACAUUAUCUACCACCAUCUCAGAUAGUGUUCCAUCUGUUGAUGUUGGAGACAGUAAACUAACAGAUCAAGUUGGGAGCAUAGAGUCAUCAGAAAACAAUGUGAUUCCAUUGUCUGAUGGCAAGAAGGACACCGGAUCUUGCGAAUCAACUGCAGACGUUGCAGGUUCUGAUGGAAAAGCAUCGGGGGAGAAUGCAGACAUAUUCUCUGGAUUGGAAUGUCUUGAUGAUUCUAUCAGUCAAACGACAAGGGGUACAGCAGAGAUUGCUGUCAAUAAGUCCGGUGAUAAGGAUGAUACGGGUACCAAACCAGAAGCUGAAACUUGUUCUGAUUAUUGUACAACCCAAGAUCCAAUGUCCUGCAGAGAAGUUUCCAUCUCUAACAAACAGGGUGAAAUGCAGUUAGAACCUGAGUGUCAGGUAGAUGGGGCUUUCUCUGACUUUGAAGUUCUAGAUGUUGGGUCUGAUGUAGCCAUUUCAUCCGAACGACAUGCUGGCAAACAUCAACCCAAGCUCAAAGUUAAAAAAGGAAAGGAGAAUAUUCACAUCCCUUGCUCUGAAGUUGAGCCUAACAUGGGUUUACAAGCUGGACAUUUGGUACAUUUUGAAACUUGUGACAUGAAUGACAGCUCGCUUCCUGCCUUCCCUACUGGACAUGUUAUUGAUCACCCGUCUCCAAGGCUUGGUGAUUCUAGCACCCUGAAUCCAACCUCUGAUUCCCAAGUGAAUACAGAAAACCUGGCUGAAACUAACCACUCGGAUGGUGCCAUUUUGGGGGAUGCUGUGCAUUCAGAAGAUGUUGGUGGAACACCUGAAAAAGUGGGUCGUAAGAGUAGAAAUAGAAACACUUCUACUACAUCAGAUCUUCCUCAGAAGCGCAAAUCUUCUGCAACCGAGAAGGCUGAAGGUGAGACAUCAUCCAGGCAGCUGAGGAAGCGGGUACCUCAUAAACAAGUUGAUGAGCUGGCAGAUGAGGCUAACGAUGACAGCUUCACUGCUGAACCUUCUAGUGAUUCUAAGAUCAAUGAAGAUGAGGAUAAUAUUGAUGAAUAUAGGGAGCAUAAGACAUCGCAGAGGAAAAGCGCCCCCAGAAAAUCCAAGAAACCUGUAUCUGGAAAAGAACCAGUUCAAAAGCAUAAGAAGACCAAGGAAGCAUCUGAUCAGUCAACCAAAGACGCUUCCAAAAAGUUCUCCCAUUCAACUCGUAGAAACAGAAGACAAGUGGACAAGUCUUUGCUUGAAAUCCCAGAGGAGGAAUUUGACCCCUAUAAAUUAUCUCUUAAGGAUCUCAUUCGUCUAGCAGAGCAUAAGGAGCUGUUAAAGAUUAAGGAGGCAAGAAAAUUGACAACUCAACAGCCCGAUGAAAGUACGAACAGUGAUUCUCAUAAGGAAGGUUCUCACAAUGAAGAGUUCUAUCCUUCAGAACAUGGCACUGAUGAAAACCAAGCAACUUAUCAUGUUAAUUCCUCUCUCCUCAAUUACCAAACUUACAUGGACAAAGCACCGACUGCAAGAUGGUCUAAGCAGGACACAGAACUGUUCUAUGAGGCUAUUCAGCAGUGUGGAUCAGAUUUUACUAUGAUUCAAGAACUUUAUUUUCCUGGUCGAACGCGUCAUCAAGUCAAGUUAAAAUUCAAGAAGGAAGAGCGUCAACAUCCAUUACGCAUCUCAGAAGCCGUACUAAGUCGCUCGACUCAUUCCACAGAUCAUUCCCAAUUUACUUCAUAUAUUGAGAAGCUGCAACAAGCUGCUCAGGCAAACAAGGAAUCUAAUGCGGAUGAGUCAGUUGACUUGACUGGCAAGAAGGAAGGACUAAGAGAGCAGACUCGGGAUACUGAUGAGGGAAUGGAGAAACCCGAGUCGGAAGAAGUUCAAGAUCAGGAAGCUGAUGUUGCUGAAGUUCAAGAUCAAGAAGCUGUUGCUGCUGAAGUUAACAAUCCCUUGAAGUCCGAUGAAAUUGACGAAGAAGAUUUUACAUGGUCCGACUAACAAGUGAGGAGUUUUACUUUUCUCUCCCUUAUUUUUUCUCUAGCCAUUGAUGAGUCACUUCCAACGAGAAGAUAAUGUCCUAACAAAAUUUAAGGAUAUUCAAAACUUGUUAUUGAGAGUGGACUAUGGAGCGUGUGGAGAUAAAAACGAAUACAUUACAUCAAGAAGCCAACGUCGUUGCAGCUCAAGUUCAACUGGCAAGAAUGGGAUAUCAGAUACCUGAGCCCCCAAAAUCUGGGCACAAAAAUAGUGUUGCAACAAAUUUUUGUAUGUAAGUUUGUAAUAUUGGUUGUUAUUUAAAUAUUGAUUGCUCUCGUAUCUAA